GUAGUAGCUCAAACAUCAGAAACGCCAACAACAGUCCCGUCUGAAAAGAAAAAAACUACUACGACUACUGCCGAGUGGAAGAUAAACAGUAUGAAAGAACUGUUAAAUACAGAUAAAUAACGUACUCUGUCUGUAACUGUAUAUUUGGAUAUAGGAGCAUUAAUAGACAAAACAGCGCAGGACUGACUUAGCUAACAAGCUUGUAACGUUAACUCAAACCAGCUAUCGCAAGCUAACAGUGAGAUUGUAAUUGUAGGCCACUGACAGAGUCAGUGCUGCUUUAACGUAAGACAGUGUUAUUUUUACGGCUUAGUAAUUAAGCGACGUGUGUAAUAGUUAAGGCUGUGGGUUGGUCACUUGGCUAGCCAACUUUUCCAUUUAGUAAUUCAGUGUCAGUGUAGGAAUACGUUUGUGCUACUUUCCUGUACCUACACCUUCGUGUCUUCUGAGAGCAGCUCCAACUCCGUGCGCCCUAAAAACUGGUGUUUAUCGUGUCAGUUAAAGCUGCUCUCUGCUGCCUGUUUUCUGUUGCUUCCUUCUUUUAGUCUGGUUUGUGUGUUUGUUUGUUUAUUUAUUUAUGUUUCUGUGUGCGCUCCAGGUGUCAUGUUUUCCCGCAGGUGGAGGUUUAGCUGGGACAGGAACACUGAGGUGGACCUCUUCACAGACCGCUAUGAGAGCAGUGCAGAGACUCUCUCCCAGGCCAUCAGAGCUGCAGCAUCUGAGGAGCCGGAUGCAGACGGCAGUGUGCUGUUUGGCCAUCUGCAGGGCACUGUGGUCGGCCUCAGAUAUUAUACAGGCGUGGUGAAUCAAGGGGAAAUGGUGGGAUUAGUGCGACAGCCCCAGAAUCCAUACGACCGCAACGCAGUGAUGGUCGCCAACAUUUAUGGCAACCAGGUGGGACACAUCAAGCGGGAGCUGGCAGCAGCUAUGGCCUACGUCAUGGACAACAACUUGGCUAAAGUAGAGGGGGUGGUGCAUUCGGGCACGAAAAACAAGUUUAAUAUGCCAGUGAUGCUGUCUUUCUGGGGGAAAGAAGAGAACAAAAAUGCAGUGAUUGAAUGUAUGGCACGUCGUGGUUAUAAGCUGAACACAGGUGCAAAUCAAACAUCACAUAAUAGUCCAUGGGCUCAUGCACUGGCAUCUAAAAAAGGUUUGACCAUCCAACUAACUGCGGAGGAGCUGAAGAAUGCAUUUGAUAAUCUGUUUGAAGGCUUGAUGGAGAGUAAAGACGGCGAGAAAGAAGCAGCCAAGUCUGUGGGUACUCCCCUCCUGCUUCACCAGAAGCAGGCGCUGUCCUGGAUGUGUGCUCGAGAAAACAAAUCUGCGCUGCCACCCUUCUGGGAGAAGAGAGGCGAGAUGUACUACAACACCCUCACAUGUUUCUCUGCCAAGGAAAUACCAGAGAGAGUUUGUGGGGGAAUACUGGCAGAUGACAUGGGACUGGGAAAAACUCUGACAACCAUCGCUCUGAUCCUCACCAACUUUCACAAUGGAAAGCCACUGCCUGUGGAGAAAUGUGCAGAAGGGUCUUCACCUACCAAAGCCAAAACUAAAUCACAGAUGUCCAAACUGAAAGGAAGCAGCAGUGCGAGUGAUGGAGCAGGAGUGAGUCAUGUAGCUGCUGGCCCAGCCCUUCCCCAGGCAGAGGUGAUCGGUGCUGAUACACCAGACAUAGUACAGAUAACAGAUGAGUCAGAAAAAAGUACGAGCAAAGGAAAGAUGAAAGCCACCAAGCGAAAGCCCAAGACCCCUGUAUUGCUGGAAGAUAUGGACUUUGCUGCAGCCCUGGGUGGCUUAGCAUCAGAUACAGCCAUGAAGAAAAAGAAAACUGCCAAGAAUGCCACUCCCACACUGAGUGUGGAAUCCUCCAUCCCUGAAAGCGCAGAUGAUUUGUCAGCUAGUGCAACUCUCAUCAUCUGCCCGCUCUCUGUGCUCAGCAACUGGCUGGACCAGUUUGAGCAGCAUGUGCGUGCCAAUGUGAAGCUAAACUUGUACCUGUAUUACGGCUCAGAGCGCAACAGGAGCAAGAAGUUUUUGUCCUCCCAGGACGUGGUGAUCACCACCUACAACGUUCUGUCUGCCGACUUUGGGAAUAAGAGCCCCCUCCACAGUAUCAGUUGGCUGAGGGUCGUGCUGGAUGAAGGACAUGUCAUAAGAAACCCAAACGCACAGAUGAGUAAGGCCGUGCUCGACCUGAAAGCUAAGCGGCGCUGGAUUCUUUCGGGGACUCCUAUCCAGAACAGUGUGAAAGACCUGUGGAUGCUGCUGGCUUUCUUGCGUCUGAAGCCAUUCGAUGUGAGAGAGUGGUGGAACAGAGUGAUCCAGAGACCCGUUAUUCAAGGAGACAGAGGCGGCCUGCAGAACCUUCAGACCCUGGUGAGGUGCAUCACCCUGCGGCGGACCAAGAGCAGUGAGGUGAAUGGGCGCCCCCUGGUGUCUCUGCCUGCGAAGAUCGUAUGUGUGGAACAGGUGGAGCUCAGCCAGGCGGAGAGAGAGGAGUACGAGCUGGCACGCAAUGAGGGAAGGAACAUAAUUGGCAGAUAUGUUGCAGAAGGGACCCUGCUGAGGAAUUACGCUGACGUGUUGGUCAUCCUGAUGAGGCUUCGACAGCACUGCUGCCACCCUGAUCUACUGGCAAAGGCGUCCUCAGAGUUGGGUGCUACAGCAACACCUGCAGAGCUGCGGGAGCGUCUGAUAGAGAAACUGCGGUUGGUGUUGGCCAGCGGCUCUGACGAGGAGUGCUCUGUGUGCCUGGAUUCAGUCCGUCUCCCUGUCAUUACACACUGCGCCCACGUUUACUGCCGGCCCUGCAUCGCCCAGGUCAUCAGCACUGAGCAGACGGCGCGCUGUCCUCUCUGUCGAAGUGAGAUCAAGACCAGUGAGCUGGUGGAGUUUCCACAGGAAGAAAUGGAGGAAGGGAACAGUACAAAUUCUGAGAGGUGGAGGACAAGCUCAAAGGUGCAGGCACUGAUGGGAAACCUGCUCAGGCUGCGAUGUGAAGACAGCAGCGUUAAGUCUCUGGUCGUCUCUCAGUUUACACGUUUCCUCACCAUACUGGAGACUCCACUCAGGGAGGAAGUAGUAGUUAUAAGAGAGCAUGGUUUCAGUUUUGUGCGUUUGGACGGCACCUUGAGCCAAAAGAAGAGGACCCAGGUGAUCCGGGAGUUUCAGAGCUCUGCGGCCGACAGCCCGACCAUCAUGCUUCUGUCACUCAAAGCCGGAGGGGUGGGGCUUAACUUGACUGCUGCCUCUCAUGUUUUCCUCAUGGACCCUGCAUGGAACCCGGCUACUGAGGAGCAGUGUAUCGACCGCUGCCACCGUCUGGGCCAGAAGAGGAAAGUCUUUGUCACCAAGUUCAUUGUAAAGAAUUCGGUUGAAGAGAACAUGGUGAGGAUCCAGAAGCAGAAGCAGGACCUGAUGGAGAAGGCGUUCGGCUCCACAAACACCGACAGGAAAGCCUCUCGCAUCGAGGACAUCAAAGCUCUGAUGGAGCUGUAAAGGUCACAAGAUGGACUUGGAAAUGAUAUAUUGGUAUGAAAACAACACAAGCAUUCAGUUGUAUUGUACACUUUGGGGUCAGACACGUCACAUCAGUCUUUUGUUCAUAUUUGGAAAGGUUUUUGUUUUUUUUGUUUGUUUUUUGUUUUUUUACUUUUUGGCUGAUCAUUAAUGUUCUAUGUCCUUGUGUUUUAUUUCUGAUUUCAUUUAAUGAUUCAUUUACAAGAUGCACCAAAUUGGUAAACUUCCAGUUUUGUUCAGCUGUGAUGCAAAGGAUCUGUUCAUCUCGAUUGAUUUGAUCAUAAAAACAGUAAAGCUGUGCUCAGGUGUGGAAAGUUAAUACCGUGGGCUGAAGAAUUAAAGUCCCACCUGCUGCAGCUUAAAGAAAUGCAGACUGCUGAUACUGUACCUUUGUAGUUACUGUAUUUAACCAGACAUAGAGCAGCUUUUUUAAAGUGCUUUUCUAAGAAAUACAUGAAAAUCAAGAUAAAAAUGAUGUCAAACCUUAUCUGGUUGUAGUUAUUUAAAUGUGGAGAUUCGCUGCCUGCACUUUUAAUGUCAUCUUAAACUGUAUAUCUUUGAGUUUUGAACUGUUGGUUGCACAGAACAAGACAUUGAACUGGCAAUGGUGUAUAAUAAAAACAA